AUGGGAGGCCUCACAAUACUGGGAGAAGGGAAAGAUUUUCAAAAUUUAAGCCCUCAAGAAUCUACCCUGCUUUAUAUACUUCACUGGAUAAUUCUUGAUUCUUCCGAAGAAUGCGUGAGCCAAGAAGAAGUCGAAGAUGACCCAUUUUAUCAUCUGUUCUCAAUAUCAACUAUAACGCUCUUCGUAUACUUAUUUAUUCCCUUGUGCAACAAGCUGAAAGACAUUAAUUUUGAAAGUUCUCUCCGCUUAGAAAAUGGUCAGAAAAUAUGGUAUCCUAUUUAUAAAUGCUGUCAUCCACAAGUUGAAUGUUUUACUGCUUCAUGUCAACCAAAACCGAAGUCUUAUUCAAGAGCUGUGGAUACAAUUCGAAAUUAUCAAAAUACCUCUUACAAUGGGUUUGAUAGCAGCAAAGCUAGUCUGAUGAGUCAUCAAAUAAUGACUGCUUCAAUUGGCCAAAGCAUAUUACCAAUAAACAAUGUUAAAGAUGAAAAUGCCAGCGAAGCCAUAUCUUGGGUAUCAUCACCUAAAGAUAAGGUGUUUCCAGAAACUAUACCAGAAGAAAGUUCCAGUAAUGAAGAUGAACAUGUGGUAAUAUUCACAUUGCCUUCACAUAAUGAAUCUCAGAUAUUACUUGAUGGUAUAAAACAAGUUUCAACUAUUUUUGCGGGAGAUGCAAGUAUUUUUCACGUAGCCAUGGAGCAAGGUAGCUGCUCAAUUAUACCAACUCUAACUGCAGAACGAGUUAAUACGAAUGGUGACUUUAAUACGUACAAAAUGAUUGACGCAAGUGAUGGAUUUCAAAAUACUAAGCAGCCAACAACUAAGCUCUGGAAUCAGAAUAGUGCCAAUGUAGAUUUUGAUGUGCGUGCAGCUUCAUUUUUAGAUGUGGCUGUUUUGAGAUGUCUUUUUUUCUCCCAAUGGCAAGAAGAAGGCAUUUAUUGGUCUUUACAGUUUUUAUAUGAACGCGACGUUAUGAGAAUAAUAGUAAAAACUUACCAUGCCAAAUUUCAAGGACUUUGUUAA